UGCGAUGGGCGGAAGCCGAGAUGUACUCUGUGUACAAAAUCUGAUCGAACUUGCCAGUAUGCCUCAGAAGAAUCCAGAAAGCGUAUAUAUCAAAACGGAGACCUUGUCAUGUCUCUACGGGAAGAGAUUCAAUCUUUGCGCAUGGCUUUGAAUGAAGCCAACGCUCAGAAGGCUAGGCAUUCCUCGGACGAUCCUACGGUUGAUGAUGACGAAGCAGCCCAUUGUUCUUCAUAUCUCGAACCUGACCUGGAAGGUCGUCAAACGCCUUCAGUAGAAGAUCGCUCUUUCGAGAGUAGAUCUUCGCAGGCCAUGAAUGAGCUAUCUUCAUUAAUGCUUCAGCUCGAUGUUGCCGAUAUUGGUGAACCCUCAUUUACCCUCUCAUCAAACAAGGCGCGCGAGGAGAUCUUUCCAAAUCUCUCGAAAACGAAGAAAAGUCUUGACUUAAACGAUGGUGCUGUACUCUCGACUGACGACCAGAAACAGCUGGUCAAAUGCUUCGCUGAUGGAUUCAAUCGAUUUCAUCAGUUUCUGGACCCACAUGAAGCUGAAGGCUUGAUCCUCUCGAUUCCUGACGCAGAAGACUCCGAUCUCAGCUUUAGAAACAGUGCCCUGUUGGCAGUCGCUGCAUCUUGCUCCGACGUGCCGCUGUUAAAAGACUUACAAGAGCACUUUUUUACACAAGCUGAAAGCUUAGUGCUUCACGCGAUCAGGAAAAUGCCUAGUGAUCUCGUGGUACAGGGUCUUGCACUAUUAGCUUGGAUAGAGCUGAAUCGGGGAUCUGACAGUAUGGCAUACAACUGGAUUGCCAUGGCUACUGGCCAAGUGUUGCACUUAGGGCUGCAUGCAAGCGCCCUUAAGUCAAUACGACUGAUGGAUGAUCAGAAUCAGAGAAUACAACAGCGUCGCGUCCGAUCAUUUUGGGCGUACUUUUCAGUUGACAGGCUUGUGACGUCUAGUCUCGGCAUGAACUGCACCAUGCAUUGGCAGCGAGUAAAAUCGCCAUCCUUUACCACUAUCAUUUUGACUACUCCUUUAGUAGACGAGUGGGCACACGAAAGAUUCUGUGAGAUGUGGCAUCUCUGGGACUCUUGCAUGGACCAAGGAUACGCCUUUGGUUGGUACAAACUUAGCCAAGAUGAGAAAGAAAAACUCGUUUUGCAUUCUCAUCAAAGUCUGGUGAAGUUCAAUGAUCAAAACAAUGCAUGUCUCCGCAUACACAGGCACUAUAUGCCUGAGACAGCAGUCUGGCUUCAACUUGCUUACAACGCUGCUCUCAUCCUCAUACACAGACCGCUGCUCAGCGAAGCAAGCAACACUAAACUUGGUAGAUUCUCUCUCACAGUGGCUACGACUGCGGCCUCGACCAUAUCUCGCAUACUUCGAGAAUUCGGCACAACUCAAGGACUUUCGUCAACUGCACCCCAAAUAGUCGACUACAUUUCUAUUGCUGCCAUUAUGCAUCUGCUCAAUGCGACUUCUGGGAAGAACAGGUUAGGCCGCCAGUCUGCGAAUGGUCUCCGCAUCUGUAUCCAUACGUUAUCCAGCAUGAGCUCGAGGUGGAAAAUUCGAUCCCAUAACUCUCUUCAACAUAUUCAAACCCUUGCUCAACGGUGGGAAGUCGUUUGGGCACUUCCUCUACAGUAUACCCGAGUUCCUCCUCCCAACAAGAACUCCUUAACACUGGGAACGUGCGAUUUUGGUGACGAACCUGAGAUUGAGAAGUUGUCCAGUGUCUACCAAAUUUUCGACGAUACUGUGCUAGAUGCAGCUGUUCAGGGGCUGUGGGACUUGGGAGAAGUUGCAGACCAAGACUGGGUUCUAAACAAUGCCCAAAGUGCAGAAAGCGACUUUGUUGACUUUGGGGAUCUGAAUUGGCAGUUUCUUGGAGAAUGA